AACGAGUAGGAGUAAUAUUUUUCUAUAUAUAUGUGGUACCUUAAAAUCUCUGGAACUGGAAGCGUUAAAUCUCAGUCUCAUUGUGAAAACAUAAUUAAGGCGCGAUGUGCAGUUUAGAGAGACGCGGCGACGUUUUCAUCCUCAGCAUCACCGGCGACGACGACCACCGCCUGAACCCAACCCUGAUCGACUCCAUCCGGGCCGCACUCGCCCGGGUCAAGUCCGAGUCGACGCGGUCCUGCGCCCUCAUCACCACCGCGGAGGGCAAAUUCUACUCCAACGGCUACGACCUCGCGUGGGCGCUAUCCGACCCGACCCGGCCCAGGAUCAUGUCGAAGAAACUCCGGCUUCUGGUGGAGGACCUGAUCUCCCUCCCCAUGCCGACGAUCGCAGCCGUAAACGGGCACGCGGCGGCGGCCGGUUUCAUCCUGGCCCUGAGCCACGACUACAUUCUGAUGAGCGAGGACGGAGGGUGUGUCCAGAUGGGCGAGGUGGACAUUAAUUAUAGGGUUUCCAUGUGGUUUGUGAGGGUGCUGAGGAGCAAGAUUGGGUCCCCCCAGAUUCUGAGGGAUGUGAUAUUGAGGGCGGAGAAGAUCGGCGCCAGGAGAGGGGUGGAGUGGGGGAUCGUGGACUCGGCCCACGCCACCGCGGCGGCCACAGUGGGGGCGGCGCUGGAGCUGGGGGCCGAUAUGGCCGGAAGGAGGUGGGACGGGAAGCUGUACGCGGCGAACCGGAGGAGUGUGUUUGCGGAUGUGCUGGCGGUGAUGGAGAGGGAUGAGGUGGUUGGGGAGGAGGAGGACUCUGUCUCUCGGGAUAAGGGACCUACUUCCAAGUUGUGAUUUUUUUUUAUUAAAGAGGAUUAAUGGUUCUCCAUUUUAGCUGACUCAAACCACAAAUCUAUUUAAUCUAUUUAUUGGAACAGAAACGUCUUAUCAAGUAUGCUAAAUUUUGUUAUCUUUUAGGUUGUGAUUCUUCUCAUGUUUAACUUGAAAACUGUAUUAAUAUUGUUUUCAAGGAUCUUUGUAUGCUCGAUUUUGGGGAUAAUGAUUAAAGAAAUAAUUCAUUUAGAAUGAUCAAA